AUAGACUUGCUGCCCCGCGAUUGAAUUAUAAUUUGUAACAAACUUCAUCGUUUGCUUCAAAAAUCUCCAGGUUUUAUUUAAGUACGUGAUAAUUUGGUCAAUUCCAUCUCAUUUGUCUCUUAUCCUGCUAUCACUUUGCAUCUACUUACAUAUUCUUGCAGCAGAGCACAAUGUCUACUCAAAAGACUGGUUAGUUUUAUGCGAUUCAUACAUAAAAGGAAGAUCGUAGCAAAUAGAACUUCUUCACUGACAUCAUUCAAUAGCUAUUAUUUCUGUUUAUGACAAGAAGGGACUUCUUGACUUGGCCAAGGGAUUGAUCAAGCAGAAUGUUCGUCUUCUUGCUUCAGGUGGGACCUCUAAGAUGAUUAGAGAGUCUGGUUUCCCAGUUGAGUAAGAUAUUUCUCCUUAACAUUUUGAGCUUUCCGAUUGCGCAAUUAUUAUCAACAAUGCUAUGAUAUACCAAUUAAUGUCUAACUUAUGCCACUAGAGAUGUUUCCGCAAUUACUCAUGCCCCAGAGAUGUUGGGCGGCAGAGUGAAGACACUCCAUCCAUCAGUCCAUGCCGGUAUCCUUGCCCGCGACCUUGCAUCUGACGAAAAGGAUCUCGCCGAGCAGAACAUCGAUAAAGUUGACUAUGUCAUCUGCAACCUUUACCCUUUCAAGGAAACAAUCAAUAAGAUUAAUGUUACAAUUCCAGAAGCUGUGGAGGAUAUCGAUAUUGGAGGAGUUACUUUGAUUAGAGCUGCUGCCAAAAACCACACUCGAGUCACAAUCUUAACCGACCCAGGAGAUUACCCAGAGUUCUUGGAAGAACUUGAGAAGGGUGAUGUUACAGAGCGUAGCAGAAAGUUAUAUGCAUUGAAGGCAUUCGAGCAUACCGCCGACUAUGAUGCUUCCAUCUCGGAUUAUUUCCGUAAGCAAUACGCUGGAAAUGGUGUACAACAACUUGCUUUGAGAUACGGUGCCAAUCCACACCAAAAGCCUGCUCAAGCUUACGUCACUGAGGGACCACUGCCAUUCAAAGUCCUUUGUGGAUCCCCAGGAUACAUCAACCUUUUAGACGCCCUCAACGCCUGGCCUUUAGUCAAAGAGCUCAAGGCCGCCCUUGGGCACCCAGCAGCUGCCAGUUUCAAGCACGUCUCACCUGCAGGUGCUGCCAUUGGUGUUCCCCUUACACCAGAUGAGCGUAAAGUCUACAUGGUAGAUGAUAUUGCGGGUUUGGAAAACUCUCCUUUGGCUCAAGCAUAUGCACGUGCUAGAGGUGCAGAUCGCAUGAGUAGUUUCGGAGAUAUGAUUGCAUUGAGCGAUAUUGUUGAUGUUCCAACUGCCAAGAUCAUCUCAAGAGAAGUUUCCGAUGGUGUUAUCGCUGCAGGUUACGAGGAUGCUGCUCUUGAGAUCUUGAAGAAAAAGAAGGGUGGUAAGUAUCUUGUCCUUCAAAUGGACCCAGACUUUACCCCUUCUACACAAGAGACAAGAACCGUUUAUGGCAUUAAUUUGAGCCAACGUCGCAACGACAUUGUUAUUUCUCCUAAAUCAUUCUCUUCCAUCAUCACUCCCAAAGAUUCCGCUCCUCUAUCAGACUCAGCCGUUCGAGAUUUGACAGUGGCUACUAUUGCUUUGAAAUACACACAAAGUAACUCUGUUUGCUAUGCUCUAAAUGGUCAAGUCAUUGGUCUAGGAGCUGGUCAACAAUCUCGUAUUCAUUGCACAAGACUGGCCGGUGAUAAGGCCGACAACUGGUGGUUGAGGUUUCAUCCUCGUGUUUUAGGUAUCAAGUGGAAGACUGGUACUAAGCGCCCAGACAAGAGUAAUGCGAUUGAUCUCCUCGUCAGUGGCGAAUUACCAAAAUCUGGACCAGAGCGUGAGGGAUACGAAGGUUUCUUCGAUGAAGUUCCAGCCGAAUUCACUGAAAAGGAGAGAGAAGAAUGGAUGUCGAAACUCACACAAGUUGCAGUUUCAAGUGAUGCAUUUGUAAGUCUACUUUCCCUCGUUCAUAUAUACUCUACUAACAUAAUUAGUUCCCAUUUAUCGAUAAUGUCUACCGUGCCGCAAGAUCAGGCGUUAAAUACAUUGCCGCACCAAGUGGCAGUCAAAAUGAUUCAUAUGUCUUUGAGACAGCUGAAAAACUUGACAUUACAUUUGUCGAACAAAGCAUUCGUUUGUUCCACCAUUAAAAUGUUUAUGAUAGAGAGAUAACGAGCGGAUAUCGCAAGGUUGGAAACACCCUGCCUCCACCCAUUUGAGGGGAAAAUGUAUAGAGAUACCCCUACUAUAGAAACGACCCCUAGGGCGUAAUGUGAUAUGAAAAUUCAACAUUUGUAACUAUAUUUGAUUUGAGCCAGUUUUUUGGAUAAUACAUUAAAGGCUUAUACCGGGAAUAUGCAGUAUAACCCACGUGCACAAUCAGAGUAAGAUAAAUUUUUGACACGGAGGAACGGGUAGGAAAAUGAUAAGGUCGUUAUGCAGCCACGGCGUUCAACUGGAAACAUGAAUGAUGGCAGUGAAUCUUUUAUUAGAACAUCAUUCAUCAUUUGGUGUUACCUGAAAAGGCGUUCGUUGGUAAUAUGUAAGUAUGGUUUUUAUUGGUACGGAUAGAUGGAUGGGUGGAUGUACACUGUAUGAGAUAGAUGAAGAAAUGAAGAAAUGAAG